CGGAGAAUCUUUCGAUUCCCUCAAAUGGACUUUGAAUUUGCGAUGUGGCAGAUGUGCUAUUUGUUAAUUGCUCCCAGAAGAGUAUAUCGAAACAUAUAUUACCAUAAACAAACCAAGAAUCAAUGGGCACGAGAUGAUCCAGCCUUUUUGGUAUUAUUAGCAUCUUUGUUAUCGCUGUCCGCUGUGGCAUGGGGCUUUGCGUAUGGACUAGGCUUUGUGGGAAUUUUGAGAGCAAUGCUCUUUAUGGUUCUUGUGGAUUUUCUCUUGGUUGGAUCAUUGGUGGCUACGUUCUCUUGGUUUGUCACCAACCGCUUCUUGGCACACAAUGCAAUGGCUCAUGCGGUAGAGCAAAAGGUUGAGUGGGCCUAUGCAUUCGAUGUCCACUGUAACUCUUUCUUUCCUGUCUUUCUGGUCCUCUAUGUCGUCCAAUUCUUCUUUGUACCCCUGCUCCAGCGAUCUAGCUGGAUAUCCAUCGUAGUCGGCAAUACCAUGUACUUUGUGUCUGCGGUGUGGUAUGUCUACGGAACCUUUUUGGGAUACAAUGCUCUCCCUUUUCUGGAGCACACUGAGCUCUUUUUGUAUCCGAUCAUCAUUUGUAUCAUAUUGUUCGCAGCUUCUCUUUUUGGGUUUAACAUCAGCCAGUCAGUGCUUGCUUUGUAUUUU